AUGCCGUCGCUGUUCACUUCCAAUGAAAAGGCACUCAUAAAGUCUGUCCUUUCAACUGCGGAAUGCAAGAUUAUUACCGUCACACCUGCUCGCAUUUACGUCGCUCAUCCUACACCCGAUCGCUGGCAGUAUGCUGGCGUCGAGGGCGCGCUUGCAUUUGUGCGCGAUGCAAAAGGCUUGUUUUUCUUCAAAGCGGUGGAUCUCAGGAAAAAUGGAAAAGUAGCGUGGGACCAUGAGCUGUAUCAAGACUUUUAUUUCUACGAGGACAAGCCGUUUUUUCACACUUUCGCUGGCGAUGAAUGUAUGAUUGGUAUCUGCUAUGCAGACGAGGUAGGCGCAGCACAACUGUACAAAAAGGUGAACAACCGCGCGAAAUACGCAAAAUCUUCUGGAUCUUCUGGGUUUGGCUUCUCCAGAAUGUUCAGUGGGAUGCGCUCAAAAGACAAACGUGCUGCACAGCCUGCACAGCCUGCACAAGAAGAGCCACAGUGGAAUCGACUCGUAGGCCAGCUUGGAGAUAUGGGCAUCUCCGACACGGAUAUCCAGAAAAAUGAGGCAUUCAUCCGGGAUUUCCUCGGUUCACAGGCAAAUGAUGCAGCGCCUGGCUCGCAAGCAGCGCAGAACUCUGUCCAGGCACCUACUACAGAAGUGUUAUCUUCACUACGUAGCAUGCCGCCUCCGCCAGCGACAAGAGCAAGUUUCGCCCCGGCAGCGGCACUUGCAGCUGCGCCCGCCGCACCGCCAGUCCCCCAACGCAGUCCCAUGCUCGGUGCACCUCCGCCUCCAAGACGGCCCAACGUGCCUAUGCCUCCGCCUGGAAGAUUUGCUGCAAGUGCGACGCCAGCAGGGGCGCGCGCGCCACCGCCUGUGCCCACGCGCACAACGUCUUUUAAAGCACCACCUAUACCACCGCCUCCGCCAUCUUCCAGGCAGGGCGACAUUGCACCGCCUGCACCGCCUGCACCGCCUGUUGUGGCACGACCAGCAGCGAGUGCACCGGUGCCUCCUCCGCCGCCAGCGCCAGUGCCUGGCAUGGCGCCGCCGCCUCCUGCGCCUCCUGCACCUGGCAUGGCGCCACAGCCGCUCACUCCCCCACCGCCGGCACAAGCACCUGACACCUCCGGAGCACAGCCUGGACGAAACGCGCUGCUUGCGAGCAUUCAAGGAAGGAGCGUCAAAGACUUGAAAAAGACAGAUCCAAGUGCAACGCCACAGGGAGCGCCGCCUGCGGCGCCGCCUGCUGGUGGCCAAGGCGAUUUGGCCGGUGCACUUGCUUCAGCGCUGAACCAACGCAAAGGCAACAUGGGCGGCUCUGACGACGAGGAGAGCGAUGAAGAUUGGUAG